CAUCAAAGACCCAAUGAAGCUUAUAAAAUAGCUUGGGAGAGGCCAGUCAUCAAGACAGGCAUCUCAAAUCGGAUGAUUUUGCACGUGGAUACUGCCUUCAUCUUGAUAGAAAAGGUCCCUUCUCCAGCCACCCAGCCCCAAGAUGAUGAUGCCACUGCUGCUGCUUUUUGCACUGGCUGGCCUCUUCGGUGCCGCGGAGGGACAAACGUUUCAUCUUGGGAAAUGCCCCAUGCCUCCGGUGCAGGAGAAUUUUGACGUAAAUAAGUAUCUCGGAAGAUGGUACGAAAUUGAGAAGAUCCCAACGACCUUUGAGAAAGGAAGGUGCAUCCAGGCCAACUACUCCCUAAUGGACAACGGAAACAUCAAAGUGUUAAACCGGGAGUUGAGAUACGAUGGAACUGUGAAUCAAAUUGAAGGUGAAGCCACCCAGGUUAACCUCACAGAGCCUGCCAAGCUGGCAGUUAAGUUUUUCUGGUUGAUGCCGUCUGCACCGUACUGGGUCCUGGCCACCGACUAUGAGAACUAUGCCCUCGUGUACUCCUGUACCGACUUCAUCCAGCUUUUUCACGUGGAUUUUGCUUGGAUCUUGGGAAGAAACUCUUAUCUCCCUCCAGAAACAGUGGACUCUCUGAAAAAUAUCCUGACUUCUAAUAACAUUCCUGUUGACAAAAUGACAGUCACAGAUCAGAUGAACUGCCCUGAGUUCCCAUAACCAGGAUCUACAGGGAGGCUGCGUCCACUCCAUGUUACUUCUGCUUUGCUUUCGCCCACCCUUGACCAGAAAGACAAACCAGUCAGCCAUGACAAGCCUGAACACUUAGCCAUGCCCUACCCUGCUACCCAGCUAGCUGCAAAAUAAACGUGUUGCUGACCUGCUGUGCUCACAGUAGAUUCCAA